CGACAUGCAGCCAUGCAGGAUGCAAUGAUGCAAAUAUGCAAUGCAUAAUAUGCAUUAUGUAGUUAGCAGUUAGCACUCUAGCAGUUUAGUCGUCGAAUUCGAUCAGUCCGGACUGCUUAAAAUUUUAUGGUUGUGUUACUUUUUUAGGUGUAAGAAAUUUAUAUAUCAUGACGGAAUUAUUAGAAGAUGAUGUUAAUAUUGGACCUUCAGAACUAGAUAGAACAUUUGUUUUUGAAGACGAAGGACAUACAUUGGGUUCACUAUUAACAUAUAUUUUAGAAAGUUUUCCUGAAACAGAUUUUUGUGCUUAUUCCAUAAGGCAUCCAUCAGAAAAUAAAAUUUAUUUACGGUUAAAAGUAAAAAAUGGCCACACUGUAGAAGAUGUUUUUAAACGUGGUUUUCAAGAGCUUAAUCAAUUGUUAAAUCAUGUUAAAAAAACAUUUAAUAAAGCAAUUUCAACUUAUGAAGAUACUAAAGCUACUGAAUAGGACCCAAGUUUAUAUUAAAACCACGUGAAUAAAAAUUAAAAAUUGUACUUUAAUAAUGAAAAAAAAAAAAUACAAUAGCAUUUACAAGACUUUA